AUAUUUCGAGUAUUCAAGCAUUGAAUAAGUUAUUUAUAUCAUAAUAUAAAGUUUUAUUAUUUAUCAAUAUUUAUUUUAGUAGUUUAUUUAUAUUUAUUUAAUUUGUUUUUAAACAAGUUUUUAUUUUGUUGUAAUAAAUAUUAUCAAAUAAUAUUAUUAAUAAUGUAUUCAACUAAAUGUAUGACUGACCCAAUAACACUUGUAUCGCCUGAGAUAAACAUAUCUACUAUCAGUGCCAUCGAUAACAACAUAACUACAUCCUUAUCGGCAACAGUUGACUACAACAACUAUAAACUGUUUGCCAAACUAUGGGAUUAUGUAUUUCACGGCUAUUGGCAACGAGAGGGCUGUCUGGUCAGUGCUGAUCUGCCAUUGCUUACCGACGGUCCGCUACCGAUGCUGGCAUUCAUGAGCUGCUAUCUGAUAUUUGUCCUCAGACUGGGUCCGUGGCUAAUGGCCAAUAGACCUGGUCUACAAUUACGUACACCGAUGCUGAUCUACAAUAUACUGAUGGUAGCAUUUAACGGCUACUUUUUUGCCAAAUUUAUCACACUUUCCCACUACGGCCAGGCGUUUCUCGACUUUCAGUUUCCGUCACGAUUUGAUACCAGCAGCCGUGCCCAGGAUCUUGCCUGGACAGGCUAUCUGUACUGGCUGACCAAAUUUGUCGACCUAUUGGACACUGUUUUCUUUGUAUUGCGCAAACGUGAUCGCCAGAUAACCGGCCUGCACCUAUACCAUCAUACUAUUGUACCCAUACUCGGCUGGAUGACCAUGCGAUUGAUGCCAAUGGUACCAGCCUUCCAGAUGUUUGGCAUAUUCAACUCACUGGUCCAUACAAUUAUGUAUGCCUACUAUGCACUGGCAGCUUUCGGACCAGCUAUACAACCCUAUCUAUGGUGGAAACGUUAUAUAACUCAGAUCCAAAUUACACAGUUUGUCAUAUUUAUUGCCUAUUCAUUGAUAUUGAGUCGACUACAAACCGGUUACCCGUCCACAUGGUUUUGGUUUGGUUUCAUACAGAGUCCACUAUUUUUUUAUUUGUUUACCAAUUUUUAUAUCAAAUCAUAUCUGAAGUCUAAAUGCAAGAGUAAAGCUCAAUAAAAAUCCAAAAAUACUUUAUUUAUUUAUAUUUAUAUAUAUAUAU